UCCGCCAACGGGAGACCGCAUAUCUCAACACGUCGGCAGCGCGGAAGAGUCGGCGACCAUGGCCUCCAACAAGACGUGCCACUUUAAGCUCGUGCUCCUCGGCGACACGGCCGUCGGCAAGUCCUGCCUCGUCGUGCGCUUCGUCCGCGACGAGUUCUUCGAGUUCCAGGAGCCGACGAUCGGCGCCGCCUUCCUCACGCAGACCGUCUCGCUGGACGAUGGCAUGACGGUCAAGUUUGAGAUUUGGGAUACCGCCGGCCAAGAGCGCUACCGCAGCCUCGCGCCCAUGUACUACCGCGGCGCCGCCGCGGCCAUCGUCGUCUACGACGUCACGAACAAGGACUCGUUUACAGGCGCCAAGUCGUGGGUGAAGGAGCUCCAGCGGCGGGGCGACCCCAAUGUAAUCAUUGCGCUUGCCGGCAACAAGGCGGAUCUCGAGGCGCGCCGCAAGGUCGACUUGGAGGAGGCGCGUCAGUACGCGGAAGAGAAUGAGAUUUUGCACAUGGAGACGUCGGCCAAGACGGCUGUGAACGUCAAAGAUCUCUUUGUGGCGAUCGCGCAGAAGCUACCGAAGACCCGCAGCAACCGGAGCGAGAUGCAUUCCCGAUCACGCCCGUGACUCCACCGAAGAAGAAUGGCUGCUGCUAAUGCAAUCGCCUGUUUUGCCUGCGUGUUCGUUCGGCUCCACUCGUAGAGGCAGCGUCUUUAUGACUGAAAAUGAACAUAUUUUAUUUCGGUGCUUGCA